CGCCCGCCGCAGGGGCCCGGCCUAAGCUGAGCGGCGGGGACCAGAUUCCUCCUCCGCUGCCGCAUCCCACUCCUCCUCCCGGGCGGCGCAGAGGCCCCCCAGGCUCCUUGCUCCAGCGUAGGACCCCCGCCUCAUUUUCCCUCAGCGCCGGGAGGGCCGCGAGCCGCCCCUCACCAUGGCGAGCAGCAGCGGCUCCAAGGCCGAGUUCAUCGUCGGGGGUAAAUACAAGCUGGUGCGGAAGAUCGGGUCGGGCUCGUUCGGGGACAUCUAUCUGGCCAUCAACAUCACCAACGGGGAGGAAGUGGCCGUGAAGUUGGAGUCUCAGAAGGCCAGGCAUCCCCAGCUGCUGUACGAGAGCAAACUGUACAAGAUUCUGCAAGGCGGAGUUGGCAUCCCACACAUAAGGUGGUAUGGUCAAGAGAAAGAUUAUAAUGUUCUAGUUAUGGAUCUUCUGGGACCCAGCCUUGAAGACCUCUUCAACUUCUGUUCCCGCAGGUUCACAAUGAAAACAGUACUUAUGUUAGCAGACCAGAUGAUCAGUAGAAUUGAAUAUGUGCAUACAAAGAAUUUUAUACACAGAGACAUUAAACCAGAUAACUUCCUAAUGGGUAUCGGGCGUCACUGUAAUAAGUGUUUAGAAUCUCCAGUGGGGAAGAGGAAAAGAAGCAUGACUGUUAGUACUUCUCAGGACCCAUCUUUCUCAGGAUUAAACCAGUUAUUCCUUAUUGACUUUGGUUUGGCCAAAAAGUACCGGGACAACAGGACAAGACAACACAUACCAUACAGAGAAGACAAAAAUCUCACUGGCACAGCUCGAUAUGCCAGUAUCAAUGCACAUCUUGGCAUUGAGCAGAGUCGUCGAGAUGAUAUGGAGUCUCUAGGCUAUGUAUUGAUGUAUUUUAACAGAACCAGCCUGCCUUGGCAAGGAUUAAAGGCUGCAACAAAGAAGCAAAAGUAUGAAAAGAUUAGUGAAAAGAAGAUGUCCACUCCUGUUGAGGUUUUGUGUAAGGGAUUUCCUGCAGAAUUUGCCAUGUACCUGAACUACUGUCGUGGCCUGCGCUUUGAAGAGGCACCUGAUUACAUGUAUCUGAGGCAAUUAUUCCGUAUUCUUUUCAGGACCCUGAACCACCAAUAUGACUACACAUUCGACUGGACAAUGUUAAAGCAGAAAGCAGCACAGCAAGCCGCCUCUUCCAGUGGGCAGGGGCAGCAGGCCCAAACCCCCACAGGCAAGCAAACUGACAAAUCCAAGAGUAACAUGAAAGGGUCCAUCUUAGACAAUAAGGGUUUAUGAACAUCCAUCUGCAGUGUCUACAACUUCAGAGUCAUCUGCUGGUACCACUAGAUUGCAGCAACUAAAUGUAUGUCAGACGGUAAAUUAACUGAAUCAAAAAAAGACUUCAUCCAGUAAAACCAUGGAUGCGUUAGUAAUCAGGACCAGCCAAUUCCAGCCAGACUCCUUGGGUGACCAGAUUGCUUGGUUCAUUUAUGCAACAAAUUCUCCCUUUCAUCUUGUUCAGAGCAAACAUUUCAUUGAUGGGGCUCAAUCAUUAUGAUGAGGCUACACUCCACUGGCAGAGCAGACCAUGCUGGAACGUUACUGGACACAGAGUGUGAGAAUGAAAUUGAACAAUGUGCACACAAAAAAUUGAUGGGAAAUUCAUUAAUCUGAGUCUUGAUGAGUGGAGCAACGUACACAAUGAUCCAAUAAUAUGUGCUUGUGUGACAGCAGAUGAUGGGGUUGUCUAUCUUACAGGAACAAUUGAUACAUCAGGAAAUAUCCACGCAGCAGAAUACUUACCAGUAGCAGUAAAAACUAUAACAAUUUGAACAAAAAUUCAAGUGUGUAGCAUCCUAGACAAUGCUACACAUGUAGCAAAGAUGAGAAGCUAUCUAGAAGAAAAUAACAAAGGAUCCUGAAACUUAUAACUUAGGGAUGCAGUGCUCAUUUGUUCUUUUAGCUGAAGUGCACCUCCAGGAAUAAACGAAAAUGUUGAAAUUUCAAAAUAAUUCCCUAACAACUACUUUGCCUCAGCUUUGCUGAAGAGAGGAGGAAGAUCCAAACCAAUUAUCACCCAAUAUGUACAAUGGGAUUAGUAGUUGACGCUUGAGGUAUUUAUUAAGAACUGACCUGUUCUGAUGAUUAUUUGUGAAGCAAAUGGUUGGCAAAAUAGAUGGAACUAUCACAGCUGAAGUAGUCAACAUCAGACUGAAGAGAAAUGUAGAAUGCAUGCUGCAUAUACUGAAACCUCUUUCUGUAGCCUGGGAUAAACUGCAGAACGAUUGCUGUUUUGCUGAUGGUGUUGAAAUUUAGAAAGGAACAUCAAGAGACAUUGAAGAAAGGAAAUAAUGAACAACAAAGUUACAUUGCAGGCAGUAAGAAAGCGGAUGGAUCAAUCAUUUACUCCAUCUCCUUUUCUUGUCAAUAUUGUCAACCCAAAGAACCAGGGUAGAUGCCUUAACUGCUGAAGAUGCUGCUAUAGCAUUGGCAUCUAAUAAUCACUCAUCAGUUAUGCCAACCACAAUAAAUUUCAGGGCUGGAGGUAAACCAUUCAAGCUGUACAUGUUAGCUAAUGAUUUAAACAGUCACACAACUGAACUGGUGGCAGCCACUAGUUAAGCACCUGGAACCAGAGUCUUUUGAAGUGCUAAACCUGCUUUUGACAGCAGUCGCCUCUUCUGCAGGCACAGUGAAUAUUUGCUUCAUUUGAACUAAUUCAAAGUUGAGAAAUCAAUUGGGAGUUGAAAAAGCAGGAAAGCUUGUCUCUCGUCCAGUCUGUGAAUAAAAACAAGAAGGAGAGGGGAUGAAAUCAAACUUUUAAAACUAGAAGGAUGGCUUAAGAAAUGUAGGAGACUCUCUUGUUCAAGAGGCUUAGGCGAAAAGGAACUUCAGCCUGGGCAAAUUUUCAAAUGUGCCGAAGUGAAAGUAACUGGAGCUGAUCUGAAAUCGAUGUAAUUCACUGCUCAACACAGUUAAUCCCUCUGUUUGCUAAAUCAUUUAGUUGUAAAUGUGAAAUACGUUUUGAUAAGCAAAGUUUUGUUGAAUAAAAAUGCUGUUUUGUGUGUUUAAAUUGCAGUUUUCAUCCUAAUGCAGCAUGACUCAAAUUGUGUGCAAAAAGUUAAUUAUCCAGUAAAUAAGCAAUAUCAUUCACUGUUUUCUAGCAUACUGAAAAUGUACAAUUAAUCUGAAAAUAUUAACUAAAAUUGCUUAAAUAAAUGUGUACAUAUUAGAGCUGUUGAGUAAUCGCAAUUAACUCAAAAAAAUUAAUCGCUAUUCAUUGCACUUUUAAUCGCACUGUUAAACAAUAAAAUAACAAUUGAAAUGUAUUAAAUAUUUUGGAUGUUGUACAUUUUCAUAUAGUAUUCUGUGUUGUAAUCAAAAUCAGUGUAUAUUUUUGAUUACAAAUAUUUGCACUGUAAAAAUGAGAUUUUUCAGUUCACCUCAUACAAGUACGGUGGUGCAGUCUUUGUUGUAAAAGUGCAACUUACAAAUGUAGAUUUUUUUUUUUUUGUACAUAACUUCACUCAAAAACAAUGUAAAACUUCAGCGCCUACAAGUCCACUUAGUCCUACUUCUUGUUCAGCCAACUGCUAAGACAAACAAGUUUGUUUACAUUUACGGGAGAUAAUGUUGCCCUCUUCUUAUUUAGUGUAACCAGAAAGCGAGAACAGGCAUUUGCAUGGCACUUUUGUAGCCGGCAUUGCAAGGUAUUUACGUGCCAGAUAUGCUAAACAUUUGUAUGCCCCUUCAUGCUUUGGCUACCAUUCCAGAGGACAUGCUUCCAUGCUGAUGACGCUUGUUUAAAAAAAAAAAUGUAUUAAUUAAAUUUGUGACCGUUCUCUCCCAAGGAGUUCAAUGUCCCCUGCUCUGUUUUACCAGCAUUCUGCCAUAUAUUUCAUGUUAUAGCAGUCUCAGAUGAUGACCCAGCACGUGUUGUUCAUUUUAAGAACACUUUCACGACAGAUUUCACAAAACACAAGAUACCAAUGUGAGAUUUCUAAAAUAGCUACAGCUCUUGACCCAAGGUUUAAGAAUCUGAAGUGCCUUCCAAAAUCUGAGAGGGGCAAGGUGUGGAGCAUGCUUUCAGAAGUCUUAAAAGAGCAAAACUCUGAUGCAGAAACUACAGAACCUGAACCACCAAAAAAAGAAAAUCAACCUUCUGCUGGUGGCAUCUGACUCAGAUAAUGAAAAUGAACAUGUCGGUCCGCACUGCUUUGGAUUGUUAUUGAGCAGGACCCGUCAUCAGCAUGGACACAUCCUCUGGAAUGGUGGUUGAAGCAUGAAGGGACAUAUGAAUCUUUAGCGCAUCUGGCACGUAAAUGUUUUUUGCAACACCGGCUACAACAGUGCCAUGAGAACACCUGUUCUCACUUUCAGAUGACUUAAUAAGAAGCGGGCAGCAUUAUCUCCUGCAAAUGUUAAUGUUUGUCUGAGCGAUUGGCUGAACAAGAAGUAGGACUAAGUGAACUUGCAGGCUUUAAAAGUUACGUUUUAUGUUUGAAUGCAGUGGGUUUUGUACAUAGUUCUACAUUUGUAAGUUCAGUUUUCAUGAUUGCAGUACGGUACUUGUAUUAGGUGAAUUGAAAAAUACUAUUUUGUUUUUUUUACAGUGCAAAUACUUGUAAUCAAAAAUAAAUAAGCACUGUACACUUUAUAUUCUGUGUUGUAAUUGAAAUCAAUAUAUUAAAAAAUUUAGAAAACAUCCAAAAAUAUUUAAAUAAAUGGUAUUCUAUUAUUGUUUAACAGUGCGAUUAAUCGCGAUUAGUUUGUUUUAAUUGCUUGACAGCCCUAGUAUAUAUUAAGUGUACCCGCCUGGGUAGCAAAAAGAUGUACCAAAUCUAGUGUAAAGACUCUUUAGUUGUAAAUAGCAUGUUUUAAUGGUUAUGUAAACAAGAGAAUGCACCUUUCUUUAGAAAAUAACUGAAGUACAAAUGGAAAAGUUGAUUAAAAUGAUUU